UGACUUUAAAGUUCUCUACAGUCAACCACACUCACUCAACGACGAUAUCCACAGUUCACACUCUAUCAAAACCAAGUACCAUGGAUUGCAAAAAACAAUCUUACUGGACAUUGCGAAGAAAAGCCAAGGCUAAGGUGGACAAACAACUCCAGUCAAUGGAAGCAUCACCAUCAUCAUGCAGGGAACAGUAUGGUGGCAUGAACAGUGACACAAGCAGCACCGCUGAUGACAACAAUGACUUUAUGGAUGGUUUGUUCCAUACUGAUGAGCCUGAAUGUGUCACCAUGGCAAGUGCUUCACAUAGCAGUGAAUCUGACACAGACUCAGACACAGAUUCUGAACUGCAUCCAAGUUCCCUUAAUGAUGACUUGGCAACCUGGGCAACAGAACAUCAAAUAACACAUGUGGCACUAAAUUCAUUACUUAAUAUCCUCCGCAAGCACGAUCUGAAUCUGCCAAAAGAUGCCAGGACACUAUUAGGAACAGUACGUUCAAAUAGAACUGAAGUCCAAAACAAGGCUGGUGGCCAGUACUAUCAUUUUGGUCUACUGGAAUCCAUUUCGGGUGUACUCUACAACAACAUGGACAUUUUGAAGAACGUGAGCAAUUUGAAGCUCCAGGUGAGCAUCGAUGGUCUGCCUCUCUACAAGAGUUCAGCAACUCAAUUCUGGCCCAUUCUUGUAACUGUGCAACAUUUGGUGCAGGAGGAACCUGUGACAAUAGGUUUAUUUUGUGGUGAUAGUAAACCAAGCUCACUGGAUGAGUAUCUUGAGGACUUCAUCUGUGAAAUAAAAGACUUAAGUCAUGGUUUUGAAUUUGAAGGACUCAAGUUAACUUUACAGCUUACCUCAAUGAUUUGCGAAGCACCUCCACGUGCAUUUCUGAAAAAAGUGAAGGGCCACGCAGGCUACCAUGGAUGCGAAAAAUGCAUUCAGGAUGACUGA